CAGGACGGUGUAUGAGUGACGGUGGCCGAGAAGGCGCUGAGCGAUUGGUGGAAAUUGCCGAGUUCCCUCGUUUGCCGGUAACCCGCCGGAAAUUCCCGAAGCGGUUCUUUCCGGAGGUUGCCGAACGCCUGCCGUCCUCUCCGGAGGUUGCCGAAGGGGGCUCCGGAGGUUGCCGAAGGCGGCCGGGGCAGCGGCGGAGAGGCCCGAGGGCGCCGCCAUAGAGGCCGAGCGGAGCGCAGCCGGUCCCGCGGCGCCGCUGCCCGUCCCGCGCCAGCACCAUGCUUCGACUGCUUGCUGUCCCCAGGACCUUAGCUGGGGUCACCCAGUCCUCCAGAGUAUGUGGGCGCACAACUGCAACAGCAGCCAGCAACCAAAUAGAGGUGUUUGUGGAUGGCCAUCCUGUAUUGGUGAACCCUGGAACCACAGUCCUUCAGGCCUGUGAAAAGGCUGGAGUUCAGAUACCUCGUUUUUGUUACCAUGAUCGUCUCUCUGUUGCUGGAAACUGUAGGAUGUGUCUUGUGGAAAUAGAGAAAGCUCCAAAGCCAGUUGCUGCUUGUGCCAUGCCAGUUAUGAAGGGCUGGAACAUACUGACAAACUCUGAGAAGUCCAGGAAAGCAAGAGAGGGUGUAAUGGAGUUCCUGCUGGCUAAUCACCCACUGGACUGUCCUAUCUGUGAUCAGGGUGGAGAAUGUGACCUACAGGAUCAAUCGAUGAUGUUUGGCAGUGAUAGGAGUAGAUUUAGAGAGGGAAAACGUGCUGUGGAGGACAAGAACAUUGGCCCAUUAGUCAAAACAAUCAUGACUCGGUGUAUACAGUGCACUCGAUGCAUCAGGUUUGCCAGUGAGGUUGCAGGGGUAGAUGACUUGGGAACAACCGGAAGAGGGAACGAUAUGCAAGUUGGUACUUACGUUGAAAAAAUGUUCAUGUCCGAGUUAUCAGGAAAUAUUAUUGACAUCUGCCCAGUUGGUGCUCUUACCUCCAAGCCAUAUGCCUUUACUGCACGCCCAUGGGAGACAAGGAAGGUAGAGUCAAUUGAUGUUCUUGACGCAGUUGGAAGCAACAUUGUAGUGAGCACAAGAACCGGAGAAGUGAUGAGAAUUUUGCCAAGGCUGCAUGAAGAUAUCAAUGAGGAAUGGAUAUCUGACAAAACAAGGUUUGCUUAUGAUGGUCUGAAGCGUCAGAGACUAACUCAGCCAAUGAUCAAAAAUGAGAAAGGACUGUUUGUUUAUGCCUCAUGGGAGGAUGUAUUAACUCGUGUCGCUGGUGUGCUACAUGCAGUUGAAGGUAAGGAAGCAGCAGCAAUUGUAGGAGGACUGGUGGAUGCAGAAGCACUAAUAGCUCUGAAAGACCUCCUGAAUAGACUAAAUUGUGAUACACUCUGCACUGAAGAGGUAUUCCCUACUGCUGGAGCUGGCACAGAUUUACGCUCUAACUACCUGCUUAAUACUAAGAUUGCUGGAGUGGAGGAGGCAGAUGUCCUUCUUCUGGUUGGCACCAAUCCACGCUUUGAGGCACCACUUUUUAAUGCUAGAAUUCGAAAGAGCUGGCUUCACAAUGACUUGCAAGUGGCCGUUGUUGGCUCUCCUGUGAAUUUGACCUACACAUACAACCAUCUAGGAGAGUCCCCCCAGAUACUUCAGGAUCUUGCUUCUGGCAAACAUGCAUUCUCCAAGGUCCUCGACCAGGCCAAAAAGCCCAUGGUGGUGGUGGGCAGUGCAGCCCUGCAGCGCAGUGAUGGAGCAGCUAUCCAUGCUGCUGUGUCCACCAUUGCACAGAAUGCCAGGACUAAGAGUGGUGUUGGUUCUGACUGGAAAGUCAUGAACAUCCUCCACAGGGUUGCAAGCCAGGUAGCUGCUUUGGACCUGGGUUUCAAACCAGGAGUGGAGGCAAUAAGGAGAAAUCCUCCCAAAGUGUUGUAUCUUUUAGGAGCAGAUUCAGGUUGUAUAACGCGUCAAGACUUGCCAAAGGAUUGUUUUAUCAUCUAUCAAGGGCAUCACGGUGAUGUGGGAGCUCCCAUGGCUGAUGUUAUUCUCCCAGGAGCAGCAUAUACAGAGAAGGCGGCCACCUACGUGAAUACUGAGGGUAGGGCCCAGCAGACGAGAGUAGCAGUAACGCCUCCUGGGAUGGCAAGGGAAGACUGGAAAAUCAUUAGAGCUGUCUCUGAGUUGGCUGGUAUGACCUUGCCUUAUGAGAACCUCGAUCAAAUACGGAAGCGUUUAGAAGAAGUAUCACCUAAUCUGGUUCGAUAUGAUGAUGUGGAAGAGGCUAACUACUUCAACCAGGCAAAUGAAUUGUCAAAGUUAGUGAAACAACAGCUUCUUGCUGAUCCUCUUGUUCCACCUCAGCUCACAAUUAAAGACUUUUAUAUGACAGAUUCCAUCAGUAGAGCAUCCCAGACAAUGGCCAAGUGCGUGAAAGCUGUUGUUGAAGGUGCUCAUGCAGUAGAAGAGCCAUCCAUCUGCUAGAGACUAAUCAGAGUGCUAGCACCUCCAUCCAGCUAUUUGUUGCAGUUAACUGCUGUGACUGAUACAUUUUUUUUUCUCAAAAUCUAUUUGACAGGCUGUUGUAUUUUUUUUUUUCUUCAUUCACAUUUUCAUCACUUCAGAUAGUCCCAUAAUAUUACAGGACUGUUGUUUUGUCUAAGAGAACAUGCAGCACUCAACGUACUGUACCCAGAGGCAGGGUACAUGAUGAUUGUAUACAAAUAAAUUAUAAUACCAAACAAUC